AAUCGGAUCAUUUGGUGGAUUUAUUGUCCAUCAAAUUGGUGCUCUUGUUGAGAGUUCGAGAGUCAUACUCAGAGGAAAUCCUCCAUUAAGACGAUGGUGCAAACACGCAGCAACGCCAAUGUGGGUACCGGAGCUCCCCAACAGGGGGAGAACAGCACCACUGGAGGUCGGAACCCUCCCAUCACUACCGGAGAGGCGGAGGCCCUCAUUCAGAGGGUUGGAAUCACGGCCGAACGGUUCAAAGAGGUGAUGGCUGCACUUGCACCCAACCGCGAGGUUGUGGUAGAAGAAGUGGCCGGGGGACCCACAGGCGGGAAGGCUGGACCCGCGGGCUCCCAAAAACAAAAGAAGAAAGUAAGGCGAUCCCAGAAGAAGAAGGCAACCAAGCCUAAUGGGAAAGCCGUGAUGGCGGAUGCGCUUUCCAGGUUGGACGAGGAGGACGGGUCGUCCUCCUUUGAGCGGAUGUCUGCCUUUGACCGUUUGGGAGACCCCAAGUCAAAGAAACCUCGGACCUCUGGGUUCGAACGGCUGCAGGACACUCGGUCGGCCCGAAAAGGCGACUUGAGGGACACGCUCAAGGAGAAGAGAGGGGAGUCCACAGCGACCUCCAAGGUCAGCUCUGAGGAGCGACGGACGACCGGUAAGGGCGCCGCUGAGCUGUGGAAAAUGUAUGAACAACUGGAGAAACGGCUGGACGCCCAAAACCCUUAUCGCCAAGCGGUCUUCAGCGAGGUAACGCCUUUCUCCAGAAGGAUAAUGUCCUGUCCCCUCCCAGAUAAUUUCAAAACUCCCCAAAUCAAGGCAUACAACGGGACGACCGAUCCCCAAGAACACCUCGCUCGCUUCGGGGCCAACGUGGUCAUGUAUGCGUACCCAGAAGAAAUCAAGUGUCGAUGUUUCCUGGCGACGCUGGAAGGGCAGGCUUGUGAAUGGUUCCACAAGUUACCCAAGGGGUCGAUAGAUAGAUGGAGCGACCUGGCCCACAAGUUCUUGGAGCAUUUCGCAUCCAGCCGGAGGCAGAAACUCCCCUUCUCGCAUCUGCUCAAUGUGAAGAUCCGGAAAGGGGAACAGCUCCGGGAAUUCAUAAAUAGGUGGGAGAAAGAGGCUAGGGACGUCCAAGGGGCGGACGACCAGGCCCUGAUCGCCAUGCUCCAAGCUGCACUCCCCCAAGGGGAUGUGCGCAAGGAGCUGCGACGGAAUCCUCUCUCAACCUACCAGGAGAUGUUGGCCAGGGCGAAGUACUUGGCGUUAGAAGAAGAUGAUGAUGAGCCACCAGUCUGGAAAGAGAAGAAAAGCGGACCACCGGUGGCAGAAGGGAAGAAGAGAAAGGACUAUGGUAGGGGGCCAAACCCUACCGGGUAUCAUGUGAACAGACAUCCUGUUCACGCGGUACAGUCGUUGCCUGCCCCUCCUCAUAGUCGGGAAAGCUAUGGUGUGCAAGAUGCACCCAAAUACUGUGAGUACCACCGUAACAGCACCCACAAUACUUCGGAGUGCGUUACGUUGAAGAAGGAGAUGGAUCAGCUGAUUGCAAGGGGGCCACUUCCUCGGGCGGACCGACCAUCCUCGAGUAACCGGACCUGGAGGAGGCCAUCAGCUCCCGCGGCAGCGAUCACAGCGGGGGAAGGGCAGGAAGAUGGGCGGCGACAUCUAGGGCGAGACUGUGAGGACCUAGAUGAAGAAGAAAGGCAAGGCCGCCGACACCUGGGGUGCCGGUUCAUCAUGGGAGGAAACACGGGGGGAGAUUCAGUAUCCUCCCGGAAGAAAUGGAAGAACAUGGUGUACCUGGCCGAGGUACAGAGGCCGCCGCUACCUAAGCGGAAGAAGAAAGAACCCCUGGUUUUUACAGACGAGGAUUAUCCCCCAGUCCUCAGCCCUCAUAGGGAUGCUCUGGUGAUAAAGGUGGAGAUCAAUAAUGUGGUUGUUCACCGAACCUUGGUCGAUACGGGGUUGGAGGACUUGGAGUGCGUGAUCUCCCCGGCCCACCUAUGCCUCAAGUUCAACACUCCCACGGGAGUGGGGGUGGCCAAGGGAAACCAAAGCCUGUCACGGUCGUGCUACGUCAGGGCGACCAAAAGCCAAGCCCGGGUCGACGAGAAUGUAAGCACGAUCUGCGCUGCAAUCCAGAAGGAGGAGGGGCGACCGCGCGCUGAGCCAGCAGAAGAGGUCGAGGAAGUUUCUCUGGAUCCGGUCGACCCAGAGCGGAAGGUGAAGGUAGGUAAGACCCUACCGCUUAACUUAAAGGAGCAGCUACUGGAGGUCCUCCGAGCGUUCAAAGUGCUAUUCGCUUGGGGGCCAGAGGAUAUGCCAGGGGUCGACCCGAAGAUCAUCUGUCAUAGGUUGGCAGUGGAUCCGACCCACAGACCAGUCAAACAGAAGAAGCGUUUCCUUUCCUCAAAACGGAGAGAAUUUGUCACCAAGCAGAUAGAGUUCAGGCCGCGACCAGCGAUAAAGGGGCAGGCCUUAGCAGAUUUCGUGGUAGAAUGCACUGCGAGAGAGGUAGAGCCUAAUGGAGGAGAACCCGAAGGGAACUGGUGGACAGUAUACACCGAUGGGUCGUCCGCGACUGAUGCUUCGGGGGGUGGUGUCGUGGAGAUAUCACCAGAAGGGUUCAAAGCAUACUACUCUGUGAGGUUUCGGUUUAAGGUCUCGAACAAUGAGGCCGAAUAUGAGGCCCUACUUUGUGGUUUAAGGUUGGCAGCUUCAUUAAAGGCCGAGCGGAUCCAAGUCCGGAGUGAUUCCAAGCUAGUGGUAGGCCACGUCACGGGAGAGUUUGAGGCCAAGGAUGAACGAAUGAAGAAGUAUAGAGAUACUGCCCUGGAGUUGCUUAAAGCAUUUGGGGCGUACCGGAUAGAGCAGGUCCCUCGGGAAGAAAAUGCUGAGGCUGACAUCCUGUCAAAACUUGGUCCGGAUUCUCCGGAUCACAUCAAGGCAAUGACCCAAGAAGAAGAGUUGCUCGAGCCAAGCGUCAGUCCCGGACAAGUAUUGGUUAUCACGCUCGGAGAAGAGCCGGAUUGGAUUGAUGAGAUUACCAUGUAUAUCCUUGACGGGUCGCUACCUGCCGACCCGAUCGCGGCAAAGGUGGUGAAGCGACGUGCACCCAGCUACACGCUGGAGUGCGGUCGUUUGUACAAGCGAUCAUACAAUGGUACACUGUUAAGGUGCUUAAGAGCGGGCGAGGCACAGAAGUUAAUGGAAGAAAUCCAUGAAGGUAUAUGCUCAGCACACCAGGGAGCCUUCACGAUGUCCAGGAAAGUGACCUUGCAAGGAUACUUCUGGCCGACGAUUAUUAGAGAUUGUGCAGAGUAUGUGCGUAAAUGCAAGGUUUGCCAGGAGUUCCAGCGGGUGCCGGGGCGACCGGCGACAAAUUAUACCCCAAUCAGCACGGCAAUUCCUUUUGCUCGGUGGGGCAUUGAUCUGGUCGGUAUUUUGCCUCGAGGAACAGGAAACAACACAUAUCUGGUGGUCGCAAUCGACUACUUCACCAAGUGGGUCGAGGCCGCCCCCGUACCGACCAUCACUGCAGGACAGAUGAUGAAGUUCGUUUCCAAGCAAAUUUUGUGUCGAUUUGGGGUGCCUCAGCAGAUCAUCACUGACAACGGAACCCAAUUCGAGGCCGGAGGGUUCAAUGAGUUUCUGCAGAGUUGGGGCAUAAGUCACAGCUAUGCAGCGGUUGGGUACCCUCAAACCAAUGGACAGGUCGAGAACACCAAUCGCACCAUCAUGGACGGUCUCAAGAAGAAAAUCAUAGAAUGCAAAAGUGCCUGGGUGGAAGAAUUGCCCUACAUCUUGUGGACCUACAGGACUACCCCAAGGAAGGCCACAGGUGAAACUCCUUUCUCGCUCACAUAUGGAUUUGAAGCAAGGGCUCCAGCAGAGACCUCAUUGUUGAGCCACAGAGUGGAGACGUUUGAUGCGCAAGAGAAUGAGGAGAACUUGAGGGCAGAAUUGCACCUCGUUGAUGAGCGAAGGGAAAGGGCAUACAUGCGGGCAGAAAAUUAUCGCCGACAGGUCAAGUCAUAUCGCGACCAACGGGUGCGACCAAGGCGGUUCAGGGUGGGCGACUGGGUCCUCCGGAAAAGGGAGGUUAGUCGACCGACCGAUGGAGGAAAGUUUGCCAAAAGCUUCGAAGGGCCAUAUAUUAUAAAGGAGGUGUUGGCUGAUGGGACAUUCAGAUUACAAACUCCGUCCGGAGGCGACGUUCCUAGAGUGUGGAAUGCCGCCAACCUUGUUAAAUUUUAUCAGUAGACUGUAUCCCAUCUAUAUUUCUCUUUUGAAGUUUAAUAAAACCAGCAUUCUGGCAUAUCUUGUUUUCAAUUCUUGAAAAAAAAAAGGGGAGCGACCAAAAGAGAUCGCUAAGCCUAAGUUGUAUGGUGAUUCGUGCUAAGAUACCCAGUGGUGGGUGAGGCGUCGAACCCUGUCAAGCGACCAAGGCGGAAGACUACGCCGGG